AGCAGCUACAAACUGCGCACGUCAAUACUCGAGGAGCCGGCAACAUGUGGAGGUGUGCAGUACUGCUGUCUGUCUGUUGGGUGGGACUAGCUGCGGGGCAGCUCGGACUAUACGAUGAUGAUCCAUUUUCAUUUCAUAUGGAUUGUGGACCAAACGAAUACUUCGAUCGAUGUACACAUAGUUGUCCGCCAGAGAAGACUUGUGAAACACGCUUAAUAAAUGUUUAUUGUCUAGCUGUAGUUACACCCUGUAUUCCAAAAUGUGUAUGUAAAGAGGGUUACUACAGGAAGACUGAGGGUGGGGAGUGCAUUCCAGAAGAAGAAUGUGGACCAGCAUGUCCUGAAAACGAGGAGUACACGGAGUGCGCCAACCCCUGUAUAGACUAUUCCUGCGCUGCAAUGGGGAGUCUGAAACCGAACUGUACUGAGCCCUGCGUACCGGGGUGUGUUUGCAAAAAAGACCAGUUUAAAAAAAACGAGUACUACCCAUGUUGGCCCAAAUGUUAUUGUGAGGAACUUCGAGAUUCUCCCGAAUGUAUGUGAACCUGAUUAUGGGGAAGAUAUACAUACAUUUAAAUUAAUUUAGCAUUUCGUUUAAAACGUCGUCAUCGCAAUUACAUACUACAUACCUGUUAAUAAAAAGCAAUUAAGUAAUCUAGAUCGAGAGAAUAGAAAGCUCAAUGUCUCUGUAGACAUGCAGAAUAAGUUCGCCUGUUCGCGUCCAUCCACCAGAUUACGUCCAUUUUCCAGAUUGCCAGGAAGGUAAGAUACUUAAAAAUGAAAGAAUCAAAAAUAUGUCUAUUAAAUACUACCUAUAUGGUGAUCGUUUUCUUAUUUCUGUAACAUGGACGCGGACUGGUGGUUGGACGUGAACAGUGGAACUUACCUUAUUUAGUGUUCUAGUCUCUCAGUUGACGCUCCAAUGCUAUUUGGUUCAUAAUGUCGUUCGGCUGAAGUCUCAAUAAAUCUUCUGAUCUGCA